UGAAACCUCUCGUCGUCGGAGGCACCAUUUGAUCUGUAAAACUCGGGAGGAUACGAGGUUGUCGCGGAGACGAAAAGCUCUCGCCGAGGAGGAGGCCGACGAUGUCGUCGUUUCUGCAGUCGUUCCUGGAUCCCAAGAAGAACUGGCUCGCCGCUCAGCACAUGAAGACCAUCUCCAAGCGCCUCCGCCACUACGGGCUGCGGUAUGAUGAUUUGUAUGAUGGGUAUUAUGAGCUCGACGUAAAGGAGGCGCUUAAUCGGCUGCCGAGGGAGAUUGUGGACGCGCGCAACCAGCGGCUCAAGCGCGCCAUGGACCUGUCCAUGAAGCAUGAGUAUCUUCCCGAAAAUCUUCAGGCUAUGCAAACUCCAUUCAGAAGCUACCUUCAGGACAUGCUGACUCUGGUAAAGAAAGAGAGAGCGGAACGUGAGGCUUUGGGAGCUUUGCCUCUUUAUCAACGCACAAUUCCUUAAGCAGUGCAAUUUUCCUUCAGCUUUGCACUCUUUUCCAAUUCCUGAGAUUCCUGUUGGAUUUUUGGCCUUGAAAAUCUCAUAUUUAAGGUUUCAUUGUUUCAUAAGCCAGAUGGCUUUGGUAGUUGUUGGUCCCUCCUUCACUACUAUUUGAUGAAUUGUUUAACCGUACUAUGCCUCUUGCAAUAAAAUCAGCUCAGGGAUAUGUUUUCCCAUGUACUUGUUGAAGAGUUAAAAUGUUCCUUCCUGAAA